AUGUCCAACAGCGUCUCGUACAGCGUCUCGUUGGCGUCGUCGUCGCCAAUCGCCUCGACCAGCUCAGCGGGGACGAUGUUGUCGCAGCCGAGCGAGGCGACUACAGCGGGUGUCGUCGUCGGUCAGCAGGCUGCCCAGCAACUGCGCGCAGCUCUCGCGCGGGUCGCAGAGCUGUCUGAGGCGGAGGAAGGGACUGUUGCGGCGAGAGCGCUGCGGCGGAAGACCGCGGCGGCAGCAAAGGGCGAGGUUGUCGAGAAGACGUACACCAAGGCGUGCGCAGCCUGCAGGAAGGCAAAGAACCGCUGCCUGUCCCAGUCCAACACGACGGUGUGUCCUCGAUGCGUCCAGCUGGGACUCAAGUGUCAGUAUCCCGAGACGAGGAACCGCGGGCCAAAGAGGCGGUUGAGCAAGACGCAGAGGGCGCUUCGAGACAUACGGCGCAACAUCGAGGCCGUCCUGGCGGGGAGCGCGACGCUGGACCCGCUCGACGAGGAGGACGACCCCGACAGCGCCGGCGAGUCCGACUUGCAGGGAGUCGACGGGGCAACGAGCUUGUUGCGGAAUCCUCUUGCCCUCCUCGCAUCUCAGGCUCAGGCUCGCCUCGACGCUCCUCGUCCAGCCGACAGAACGAGCGAUAUUGACUCGUCAGAGAGCUACUUUGACGGAGGCUUGUACGUCGCGCGGCCCGAACACGACUUCUCCCUCGACCCCAUCGCCUGCGGCAUCCUCACUAUCGAUGACCUUGACCGCCUCCUCAAACUCUACUUCGAACACCUCUUCCCGUUUCUCUAUCUCCUCCUGCCCGACCUUCAUACCGUCGACUUCCUCCGCCUCACCUCGCCCUUCCUCACAACCUGUAUCGCCUUUGUCGCUUCGACGUAUGACUCGCUCUCGGGCCAUCUUACGCCGCUGCUCGAGCGCCAAGCUCUCUCGCUCGCCGUCCGCAUCUUCGAGGAGGGCUUGAAGAGCAUCGAGAUUGUCCAGGGUUUCUUCGUCCUCUCACACUGGGCGUCUCCCUCUCGCGCCUGGGUCGACGACCGCGCCUUCCAGUUCCUCGGGCAGGCCUGGCGCAUUGCCGCCGAACUGCGCAUCAACUUGCCGCUCGACCCGUCUUCUCUUGCGUCGUACAACCUCGGCAAGCCUCUCACGAACGAAAUGUAUGCGCUGUUCGUCAGGAAUCGGAGGCUUACUUGGUCGUUACUGUUUUGCGGCGAGUUGGCGAUUUGCGUACAGACGGGCAGAAUCGACAUGAUCAGGACACCGCCUGUACCCACCCACAACUCCUCGCCGACACACCUCCCCUUCGAGCUCCCGAACUAUCACUACGCCGCAAACCUUCACGUGAACGCCAUCUUCUCCAAAUCGAUCUCGCUCGCGAACGGCUUGCGCGAAGAUGGCGACUCGGCGGAUGGCUUGCGCGCGUCUUUCAUGGCUUUCUGGAAGCCUGCGAUGAAGGCUUGGAGGACUCGUUGGCCGGACGUCAAUCCCUUCAUCGACAUUCACGCCGAGAACAACAUCAUUCUUCUCAACCUCGUGUCGCUGAGGUUCCGCGGAGGGUCGAAGGAUGCGGUGCUCGAGGAUUGCAAGAGGGCGGCGAUACGGACGAUACAGAAGGUCAGCAGCUGGGAGGAUAGCGUGACGCAGCUGCCGUACUGCUCAAAUUUCGUCGUCGUCAACAUCGCAUACGGUGCAAUCCUCCUCCUACAGCUCGCCCUCCGCCUCGAUCACGGCGUCACCCCUUCGCACCGCGAAAAGAUUCUCCGCGUCGCCUCGAUCCUCCAGCAAAUCGGACAAAGCAGGCCCAACGCCAUUUCGGUUGCGACGUUGCACGCUGAGCGGAUCUUGCGACUCGUCAACUCGCUUGACUCGUCUGACUCGACAUCGGUUGUUGAGCAGCAGCCGCCUUCUCAGCCUGCUGUCGACGGGACGAAAUGUCCGUCGUUCUACACCGGCCUCCAUCCUCCCGUCUGGCCCAUCGCCGCCAAAAGUGCCCCGCCCAGCAACGCCCCAAUUCAGCAGGUCGCCAUCGACGACGAAGGCUUGGCUUCCCCCUCCGCAGCUACCGUUUCCGACCUUACCGCCGCCUAUUCGUGGCUCUUUCCUCCCUCCGGCGAGUUCGCCCCACCCUUCCCUUCUUCCUCACACCCAUCUUACGAUCCCACCGCUCCCUUCCCCUCUCUCACCGCCCCAACCACCGCCGACCCAUUCUCCCUCCCACCUCAAACCGACUUCCUCGAUAUGACGGCCCACGAUCCGAUGAUGGGCUGGCUCUGGGGCGGAGCGGCGGGUGUGGGAGGGACGAGUGGGACGGAGGGAAUGGAGGCGCAGUUGGCGGCGUUGUUGGGGGAGGUAGGACAGUUGUGA